GUAAUACAAAUCCGGGUUUGUGAAUAAUUAUUGCUUUUUGUUGUUCUUCGUCCCAGAGAAAAAUUUUUCAGACAGAAGUUGUAUUUCUAGCUGUCAAUCACUUGUUAGCUCCAAAUGUUACCGACUGUAUUUUGGGCCCCAUUUAGUCCCCAUUUAGUCCCAACGAUUACUCGGGUGCUGCCAUCUCUUCGGUGGCUAUGGUAAGGCCGACACGUUACGAAGCAAACCGAACGUUAAACUCAAACGUGUUUACGAAUAUGGCGCAUUGAAGUUUGAAUAUGAUCGUUACAUCGUAGAACGCUGGGAAAGCUUGCGAAAGGUGUAUGAAAUUCAACAAUAUUCGGGGUUUGCUUGUUGCCACAAUUUAGGAGAAAAUAUCGGCUAGCCUUCAGUUCAACAGUGUGCAUUCGUUAUGGAGAAUUUCGUGAAGAUUGAAAAGAUCGGCGAAGGCACUUAUGGAGUCGUGUACAAAGGGAAGCAUAAGAAAACUGGAGAGAUCGUGGCUAUGAAAAAAAUUCGUUUAGAGAGUGAUGAUGAAGGUAUUCCAUCUACUGCGAUUCGUGAGAUCUCUCUGCUCAAGGAGUUACCUCAUCCUAAUAUUGUCAAGCUGAAGGAUGUACUGAUAGAAGAAACCAGACUGUAUCUGAUCUUUGAAUACCUCACUAUGGACCUGAAGAAGUACAUGGAUAGUUUAGGUACUGGGAAAUUGAUGGAGCCAAAAAUGGUCAAAUCUUAUUUAUAUCAGAUUACGAAUGCAGUUCUUUUUUGCCACAAGCGCAGAAUAUUUCACCGUGAUUUGAAGCCUCAAAACUUGUUGAUCGACAAAUCAGGAUUGAUCAAGGUAGCAGAUUUUGGUCUUGGAAGAGCAUUCGGGAUUCCAGUCAGAGUAUAUACGCACGAAGUGGUAACUUUGUGGUACAGAGCUCCAGAGAUUCUCCUUGGUGUCAGCAGAUACUCUUGCCCAAUUGAUAUUUGGAGCAUUGGCUGUAUCUUUGCAGAAAUGGCUACGAAGAAACCACUAUUUCAAGGAGACAGUGAAAUUGAUCAACUGUUCAGAAUAUUUCGGAUACUGAGGACACCCACUGAAGAGAUAUGGCCUGGAGUGACACAAUUAGCAGAUUACAAAGCGACAUUCCCGAAUUGGGUUACCAAUAACUUAGAAUCACAAGUGAAGACGUUGGAUCGGGAUGGAUUGGAUCUAUUGCAGAUGAUGCUCAUUUAUGAUCCUGUGCAUAGAAUAUCUGCGCGAGCGGCUUUGAAGCAUCCUUACUUCGACGAUCUCGAUACUUCAAAAAUACCACCGGCAUAAACGGUACGAGUGAAUAUUUGCAUAUUAAAAUAUCGCGAUUGAUAUAGCUAACGUUUCGAUCUAUCCUGAAAUAUGCAAAACAUAUUUAAGUUAUUUAGUAGUUAUAUUUAAUUUAGUUUAAACCGAUAAAAUCAUUUCCAGGAUUUUAUCGUUUUAAUCAAAAGUAUCACUAAGUAUUAAGUGCCUUCAGACAAUAUUUUAUCAAAUAGAAAAAGUAUUUUUUUUAUCACUUAGGCUAAAAGAACUGUAAUUAUAAGGAAACUAGCGGAUUCGUUAAGAGAACAUGAUACUAUUUUUAACAAAUAUCUUUCAUACCCCAGUGCUAAAGAAAAAUUCGGUUACGUUUUUCGAUGCGUUGAACCAGGAAAAUCUCGGUAUUUCGUCAUAGCUAAGUAGCGUCAUGCUACUACCGUUAUUUUUCGCAGAAUGAAGAUCUCUUUCUUAUCUCAUAACGCGUAAAUUAAGUUAUAUUAUCAUGAACAAAAAAAACGAAACCGUAUGUGGUGUUAAUGAUUCUUAGAACGAUCAGCUUGAUUCGCUUAUGGACGGGAAGAUGACUCAUCGUGAAACAGCGAUGUAGCAAACUUGAACGGUACCCGUAUGUUUGACUUCAUUUAAUAGGCAUGGAUAAGCCGCUUUUUUUUUUCUACAAGUCUGAACAUUUCCAUAUUGUGUUUUGUGUCGUACGUGCCGAGCAACGGUCUACUAUUUAAGUUUAAUAUUGUACGAUACUACUUGUCUAAACUAUUUUGUACUUUAAUAAAAGGUUCUACUAUGAAA